AGCUCGCCGCAGUAUCUUUAUUAAUGCGGGGUGGGCGGGGCGCUCAGGGCGCGUCCAGCAGCAGCAGCUUGUGCAUGUACGAGUUCAGCCAGUGGCGGCGCUCGAGGGCGGCCAAGAGCCGCGCGCGCUCUCGGAAGGCAGCGUCGUCCGCCAGCGCCAAGCUCCGCCGCGACAGUGGGGUGACUGGACCCGACGAGGCCCGGGCCGGGGUGCGAAGGCUGUAGGGAGACGGAUGGACCCGUUGCCCCCUCCCAUUGCAGGUGGUCCUUCCUGAGGUCUAACUGGAAGCUCCAUUACUGCACCGUGGUCUCCCCGCCCCGCCUCGUCUCCUCUCCUCUGUCCUCUGCGUGUCUGUCUGCCUGUCUCCCUUUCUCUCUCUCCCCUUCGCUCCCCAGGUCGGAAGCUCUCUUAGUAUCCACACGGAGUCCCCCGCACUUGUCGGGCCCCAGCGCUCAGCGCACUGCCUGGCAAAGUAGCAGGCAGUAAACGUUGCUCAAAGAAUGAGUCCAUUUCGGCACCGAGUCGAACACCUUUCCCGGAAUCUGUCUCUUGGAUCUCUUUCUCGUGCUGAUUCUCGGUCCACCCUCCUCUUCACAUCCCGCCUCCCGCGCGCCCAGGCUAGUCUCUGUCCUCUGGGUUUCUUCGCCUCCUCUUUGGGUCUCUCCGCACGUCUCUGGGUUCCCACCCCUUCCCAGACCUCGCACCUACCUGAAGACCCCGGCAGGAGGCAGGGCAACACCUGAGGCAGUGCGGGUGCCCCAGGGCACAAGCAGCAACAGCAGCAGCAGCAGCCGCACCCGGGGGCUUCUGGUCACCUGUCGGGUCUCCAUCACCUGUGGAGGAGAGAGAAGAGCUCCUAAAGUUCAAUCCGGACCAGAGCCCCGGGCUCCACCCUCCCUUCACCCUCCCUCCACCCAGCAACCUCCUGCGGGGCCCCUACCGCUCAGUGGGCUUGGGCAGCGAUGCCGUAGCCCCCUUAUAUCUUCUCCCCAGCCCCCGGCUCUAGUGACGCAGGCCGGGCUGGGGGCGCUGGGUCAAUUCCCCCCACGGGCUCAUUAGGAGCCAGCCGCGAUAAUGAGGAGUCCAGGGUGGGGGCCUUGCCGCUUCCUUGGCGGCCACCAACUAAUUGGGACCAGGAGCUGAGACCUGAGAAGAGGAAGGGGGAGAGACAGAGACACAGAGGUGGGCACAGGGUGGGUGUGUCAGAGGGAUAAAAAUAGAGACUGCAGAGGGACCAUCCAGUAGAAGUCAGAGACAUAGAAAGAGAUGAGGAAAACAGAGAGGAGGAGGAAGGGACACGCCUGGGAGAAAAUGCCACAGGAGGGAAGGACAAAGACAGAGGGGACCAAGCAAGGGAAGGAGAGGAAGGAAGCGAGAAAGAGUCAGAGCCAGGUUGAGAUGGAAGAUGGAGGGAAAAGGCUCUCAGAGAGAAGGAAAGGAAAGAUAGCAGAGAGAGGGACAUGCCCAGAGAAAAUCCUGAAGGGAGAGAUCAGAGAGAGCAGGCCCCACACAGCAGGGAGGCGGGCAGAGGCUGGAGUACUAAAGGGCUGCACCUGGGACAUGAGCUCCUGGAUUCCCAGUUCCCCAGAGAGGAUGUAUACAGAGCUUGGACUCCUAGGGCUAAGGCUGGAUGGGACAGGGACCCAAUUUCCUGACUUUGGGGAAGGAAUUGCUGAGGACCUGAAUUCCUGAAUCUGGGGAAGGAGAGAGCUGGAAGUCUGAAUUCCUGGGUCUGACUGGAAGGAGCUGGAGACCUUGACUUAGUCGGUUCAAGAAUGAAGGUACCAGGGACCUAGAUCCUUGGCUUUGGGGGCAGAGGGUCAGGACCUUUGGUUUAAGAGGGAAGAUAGUUUGGGUCACAUCCUCCCCACAUCACUCAGUCACUAACUCCCUUCUCCACUCCAGAGACAAUGUCAUUUAUCUCUGUCCCUUUAAGAGCCUUAGCUGUUGCUAAGUUCCCAGGAUCCCUGGGGAGGGGGUCAGAUGCGUCACCUGUGCACCUCUGGGACCCUAGCUCCUGCUGCCCCACCCAGAGUCAUUCUGCAGCACUAACAGGUCUUUGCAUCUAACUCUGCUCACCUGCUGUUAUCUUGGACACCUAUUGAACAGCUACAGGCAUCUCCCAGAGCUAUGAAAUUCUUCAGCCCUAUCCUCUUCCUCCUCGUCUUCUUCCUCACCCAGCUGGGUUCCAAGGCUGCUCCCUCAGCCUCUCCAUCUCUGGCCUCCAACUUUCAGGGGAUGGACCAUGCCUCUGAGACCUCCCCUGGUGCUUCUAAAAAUUCUACCAGAGAUUGGUCUAACCCAGAAUUCCCUGGGACUGUUUAUCCUGAGCCCUCUGAGAGCACUCUUGCAGUUUCUCCUGAGACCUCCCCCCUCAACUUCACUGAAACUCUCAGCCUUCACCUCCAAGAAACCCCACAGCCUAUGUCCCCUGAGACCUCUAAGCCUGACUUACUCAUGACCUCAGUAUCAGAUCUCCUAGACACCCCCAAAACUAACCCCUUCAAAGUGACAGAAACUUCUGAGACCCCCAAAUCUGACCCAACUGGAAAUCCACACCCAGGAUCCCCUGAGACCUCCAAACCUAAUCUCUCAGAAAUUUCACAUCCAGAAUUUCCUGAGAUCCCAAACACUGACCCUAUACAGACCACACACCAAGAAUUGCCAGAGACUCCCCAACUUAACACCACUGAUGUCCCACAUGCCAAAACCCCCAAGACCCCAAAUCCUGACCCCGCCAAGACCCUUGAUUCCAAAUCUCUAGAAACCCACGACCCUGACACCACUGAGGUCCCAAAGUCUGAAUUCCCCCAAACAAUCCAUCCUGAUGCUACUGAAACCCCCCACCCAGAGUCCCAUGUGACCUACACCAGCCCUACUGAAAUCCCUCACACACAGUUCCCUCCCCCCCACCACCAAGAUGCAACAGAGGUGUCCAUGACCUCUGAGCCUGAAAUCUCCACUAGUCUUGACCUAGAAAUGCUUAUGACCUUCAAGAAUGAAGUCACUGCCUUAAAUGAACUGCACCUGAACCCCCCACCAGAAACCCAUACGGCCACGCAGUCCGACCUCUCUAAAUUGCCCACCUCAGAUUCUCCAGGGACCACUGAACUCAAGGACCCCCAGAACUCUGGCCCUAAAGGGUCAGACACUCCUCCUCCCUCAGCCCGGAUUGCAGGUCUCCCUGCUUCUCAAGAGCUCCCCAAUAAGCAGGCCCCUGCAACACCCCGGCCCCCGCAGCGGCGCAGCAGAGGAGACAGAGUCAAUACUAUCAUCGUGGUGGAGCGAGUGAAAGAGACCGGUGUGACUCUGGUGGGGCGCCCGCGCGGCGCUACGGGAGGGGCCCUGUGCCUGUUCUUUGCGGGGACUGGGCUGUUGAUAGGCAUCUUCCUCCUGCUGUGGUGUCUCUACCGCCGGGCGGCCCAACACCGGCCCUUCGCACACCACAGGCUCCCGGACAGCGGGGAUGAGCCCGUUUUGCAUUUGGACGCCCCGAAGGACCCCUACGACCUCUACUUUUAUGCGCCGGAUGCCUGGGUCCCUUCACACAUCGCCACCAAGCAGCCCCCUCCCACACCCCCACUACCACCCAAGCUGCCCCCGCCGCCACGCGGGGGUCGGCCCCAGCGCCUGGAGUCGCUGUCCCCAGCCACCCUCCCCAACAACUUCGUGUGAGCCCCUUUGGGGUCCAGCAGGACCUGUGCAUUGCUAGACGGAGGGAGAACCCAGAGGUCCUGUCCUCCUGGCAGGCUUGGCUGCUUAGUGGAGUUCCUCGGUAGAGGGUCCGACAAAGAGA